AAUAUUCGUUCAAAAUACACCAGUCGAUCAGAAACAAUAGUACCGUCUAUACAUCUGUGACACCAUGUCGUUUGAAAAGCAAAGUUUUUUGGUCGUCGGUGGAGCAAAAAGGGGUAGUAUUGGUCUUGAAUUAAUCAAGAAACUCUUUUCCAUUGGUGUUGAGAAAGUGGCCAUAUUUGAUAUUUGUGAUGCUAGUGACGUGAUUACUGAAUUGAAAACAUUGUUUCCAACUAAGGCUAUUCUAUUUUUAAAAGUAGAUGUACGUAAUAAAGUAGAAAUUGAAAAUGCAUACAAACAAGUUGUCAACGCGUUCGGCUAUGUUGAUGUAUUGGCCAACUUUGCGGGGAUUCUUGAUGAAUCAAAACCACAAGAUGUGAUUGAAAUUAAUUUGCUUGGUGUAAUCUAUGCAACUUUGGUUGGAAUCGAUCAGAUGAGCAUUGAAAAAGGUGGUCGCGGUGGGACAAUUGUGAAUAUGGCUUCGAUCUGUGGAUUGGAUGAGUUCUUCUGGGCUCCGUCGUAUUGCGCUAGCAAACACGGAGUCGUUGCUUUUACUAAAUCACUUGCUGAAAAGGAGCUGUCUGCUGAACUUGGUAUAAAAUUCAUUGUAAUAUGCCCAGGCUUUACUGCUACUUCUUUAUUAGCUGAAGUUCAACCAAGAUUAUAUGGAAAAAAUGUCGAAACGGAAAUGCCAAAAAUUAUGGAGAAAUAUGGCAUACAAACAGUGGAUCAAUGCGUCAAUAGCUUAGUCGAAGUAUUGAAAAAAGCCGAAAAUGGAUCAACAUGGAUUUUAAGCAAUGGAGACAAUAAACUCGUUGACUUUCAAUUCUACUAUAAGGAAAAAUAAAUUAAUAUGCAAAAUCAAAGCAUCAAAUCGCAAUCACUUGUUGACAGCUACUUUUGAUUCUGUAUAAGUGUAUAUAGCUCAAACUAAUACAAACAACCGUAAUCAUGCUGACAUAUAUAUUAGCUAAGAGCAGUGCCUACCAGGCACUACACUCUUUGCAAAGGACGAUUUCAUGCUCUGUUUAAUUUUUUUUUAUCAAAACGACAAACAUAUCUCUAAAAAAAAGUUCUAAAAUUAUGUGUAAAGGUGAAGUGAAUUUAACGUUAACAAUUAUUUCAUUUCAAUAAAAUGUAUAGUUCAAUAACAUC